AAGAAUGGCUCCAAGAUGGUCGUGUUUACAAGAUGUGAUCAUCACCAAUGUUAAUAUUCUUCGCUAUUUGGUCCCUUCUGCUCACUUUACCGGCUAGAAUUCGCCUCACUCCUCACACGCGAACAGAUCUACUCCUUAAGCAAUACAGGUGUUUUUUGGGCCCAGUUGAAGUCCUGCUGUCAACACAAGCUACUGAGACAUCACUUGAAUUCUUGGAAUACCAUUCAAACUACUCAAGCACCACUCCUCAAACUUCUGGAAUACCACUCAAACUUCUGAGAGUACUACUUUGGAGUACUACUCAAAUUCCUGGAGCACCACUCAGCCUCCUGGCACAUCAUACCAACUUUCGGAGCACCCCUUAAAAGCCUCUUGGAGUACCACUCAAAUUCUUUGAACACAGUACAAACUCCUGAUACAUUACUCAAAUUCCUGAAGCACCACUCCGAUUUUGGAACACCACUCAACUCAACAAAAGCUCUUGAGUGCCACUCAACUCCUGGAGUGCUGCUCAAAUUCCUGGAACACCACUCAAACAUCUGGCUCAUUACACAGUUUCUUGAAGCACUACUCAAACUCUUAGAGCACCACUCAAAUUCUUGGAACACAGCACAAACUCUUGUAGCAACACUCAAACUCUGAGUACACCAUUCAAACAUCUGAAGCACCACUCAAAGUUUGGGAAGAUAAUACAAACUCCUGGAGCACCACUUAAAACUCAAAUUCUUGGAACACAACACAAACCCCAGGAAUGCUAUUCCUCAAAUUCCUGGGCCAUCACCUAAACUUCUGGAGUAACACUCAAACUAACCUGAUUGAACACAUUUCUGAAGAACAGUAAAGAGGUUGAAGUGAACCCCUCACCAAGUCAACUACACAACAGUUUCACCGCCACCGCCACACAACGCUACCUCACAACACAUCUCACAACAUCGCAUAACACAACACUACAUCACAGCGUCACUACAUGGAGACAGUCCUGCCUGCCGACAGCAUUGACAUCUGUUUCAGAGCGAUGAAGGAAGACUUUCUGUUGCCAAGUGCCAUCUCCAACACUGACAACAUCGACGACAACAACAACAACAGCAACAAUAACAACGACAGCAACAACAUUGACACUGAGAAAUAUGGCAGCUCCAACAUUGCCUCGCAGUGCAAUGAAUCGUCAAACCCCAACACUGAUGCUGUGACCGAUUUGUUUGUCAUUUCUGCGGUCAUCUCUGAAGACAGAGAUAGUACUGCUUUGGAGGUGAGUGCAGCCGGCAAUGAUUACGGUGAAUAUGUUGUUGACAGUGAUGAUGAUGAUGAUGAUGAUGACAGUGGUGAUGGUGACAGUGGUGGUGAGUCAGUGACUAUCACUGUCUUGAAGUCCAACAUCGUAAAUAACUUCCCUUGUAUUUCUGCGUCUGGAGUGGAUGGCAUUGAUGAAGAGGGGAGUUCUUCUGCGGGUGGCACCUCUGAAGUUGUCUUUGAGAAUGGUGGCAAGACAAAUAACAACGACGGUGUUGACGAUGACAAUAUUAAUCAGGAUGACUCGACGACUAGCAAUGUCAUUGUUGUUGGCAAUCCUGUCGAAUCUCAGGACAAUACAGAUGCAGGAGCCAAUAAUUUGAUUUCUGAUUUUCUAUCUUUGAAAAAGAAAAGCCUAAAGCUGUCUGAUGUGGGUGACUCUUUGGCCCUGGAUGGACUUGCUGUACCUGAAGAUGAUGCAGUGGCAUCCACCGCAGUUGUUAAGAAACUCUAUUUUGUUUCCGGCAUCUGCUCACAACCGUCAUCGAUGAUGGUCACUGUGCCAGAAGUGGACUCUGUAGUGAUGAAUUCAACAGCAGUGACAACGAUGAUUACAAUGUCAUCUUCAACUUCUACACCAUCGUUAUCACCGUCGUCAUCAUCACUUACACUGCCACAACAACGACAACUGCAGCAAAAUAAGCAGCGUAGACACUCGUGCAGCUGGUGUCCAAAGGCGUUCAGUCGAAGCUGUGAUCUGCAGCGCCACCUGAGAAUACAUACCGGUGAGAAGCCGUACAGGUGCUCACACUGCGGGAAAACCUUCUCGCAGUCAGGCAGCCUCUCGGCCCACCGUCGCAUCCACACAGGUGAGAAGAAAAAGCUGUUUGAGUGCUGCAAGUUUACACUGCCACAACAACGACAACUGCAGCAAAAUAAGCAGCGUAGACACUCGUGCAGCUGGUGUCCAAAGGCGUUCAGUCGAAGCUGUGAUCUGCAGCGCCACCUGAGAAUACAUACCGGUGAGAAGCCGUUCUGCUGCGCCUGCUGCUCCAAGUCGUUCUCGUGCUCCAGCUACCUCACCAAGCACAUGCGCACCCACACCGGCGAGAAGCCGUACGUGUGCAAGCACUGCGACAAAUCGUUCCGCGUGUCCAGCCACCUGGCCCGGCAUACGAGGGGUCACGCUCGGCUGAAAGGCUUCGACCAUAAAUACUGCAAAAACUCCAGCGCUAACACCAGCACCACCUCUACCAACAAUGACAACAAUGCUGCCAACACCAACACCACCACCACCACCACCACCACCAACAUAAACACCACCAACCACGACAACGACAGCUAUUUGAAAACAGCAGUGACGUGCAUUACAGCCACAACAACAACAACAACUACGCCAGUAACAGCAACAACAGCAACUAUUACAACAACUAUAUUAACAAAGGCUGUUCCUGUAUCAACAACAACAACAGCAACAACAACAUCGGCGACUGCAGACGGUUCUUUAGUAACAAUGUCACCUUCGUCGUUGGUAUCACUUUGUACAGUAGAAGGAGCAGCGGAGUCAGAGACCCAGUUAGUUCAACAGGUGCCGCCGGUGGCAUCGUCUGACGUUGUGCCCCGACUGUCCAUGUCAUCUGUUGCGCCACAACCCCAACAGCAGUAUCAUCAUCAUCAUCAAGCAAUAAAACUGAAACUUGAAGCGAUGACACCAUCAGACCUCUGCUUGUUAGAUGCUGGGAAUUUUCACAGGGUGCAUCGGGGUCAGUGCAUGCCGGUGGUGCCCAUGCAGAGCAUGAAAUGUUUUGCACCAGUGACCACGGUCAGCCUACAAGAUGAUCGGCCAAGCCAAUCACACCAAACUAUGCAGUUGCAUGAUGUGCAGUGUGUACCGUCUGCUGCUGGUGUGCAGCUGGUUCAGAAUAUGGAGGGUAUGGAGGCGAUGCAUGCAGCAGAUGUCCGGUGCAUCGAAGCCCUCCCUGUUAUGCCUGACGUCCAGUGCAUGCAGUCUGUGGCCGAGGUGCAUGUAGAAGAUGUCCAGUGCAUGGAAGCUUUACCCGGGGUACAAGUUGACGACAUCCGGUGCGUGAAGUCAAUGCCCGGUGUUGAAGUGCGAGAUGUCCACGAGUGUAUCCAAUCCUUCCUCCCCACUCCCACCGGCGUCGAUAACCAAGACGGAGGCGUGCAGUCGGUAUCGGACAUCCAAGCAGUGCAGGUGAUGGAAUUCAGAUAUGCCACCCCAGCCGACAGCAGUACAACGGCCGACCCUUUGGCCAGGGCCGAAAACAUGGGCACGUUUGUGUUUGAGAACUCACAGCAGCAAAAUCCAUCGGAUGACAGCCAGGUGGCCACCGUUUCCUACGACUACACUUCAUCCCUGUUCUCGAUUGCUGAGGCUGGUCUCACUUUCCACAGCUGUGCUGAGUGCGGGAAGAUCUACUUAAAUGAAUCUGUAUAUCGUGUUCAUCUACGGUCUCACACCACGCUGGUCGCACUCCACAAAUACUCAAACGAGCAGUUCUUCCACUAUAAUUGCUGCCAAAGACAAGAUUUGGCAGGAUUAGAGUUCAGGAUCUGAAGUUUGGUACUUCAAAGAAUUCUGAAUCAAAAGAAUGCUAUUUAACCCUAGGCCUUCGUUGUACUCAGCAUAGCCAUGACUAAGAGUGUCCUGGAUAUGUCCAUCAAUGGCCUUCACUCAAGCUUUGCCUGUGGUACUAUGUGUUCAUAUAACUCUACGGUACCUUGAUUGUAUACUAGCUUGUAGUGCAUUGUGUUCAUAAUUGAUAAACCAGUGGUACCCUGAUUGUAUACCACUACACAUUCAAAUCACCUUAUGGUACCUUGAUUGUACACCAGCUUGUGCAUAUUAUAUCCAUAUCAUCCUGUGGUACCUCAGUUGUAUACUAGCUUGUGGUACAUUGUGUUCAUAUCACCUUCUGGUAUCUUGAACAUAUACUAGCUUGAUUACAAAGUAGUUCAUGGUACAUUGUGUUCAGAAUAAACUAGUGAUACCCUGAUUGUAUACUAACUUGUACCACACUUUCAUAGCAGUCUGUAGUACCUUGAUUGGAUACUAACUUAUGGAACUUUGAUUGUAAACUAGCCUGUGGUACAUUGUGUUCAUUAUAAACCAGUGGUACACUGAUUGUAUACUAGCUUGUGAUACCACACAUUCAAAUCACUCUAUGGUACCUUGAUCAUAUACUAGCAUAUGGUACCUUGACUGUAUUCUAGCCUGUGGUACAUGAUAUCCAUGUCAUUCUGUGGUGCCUCAGUUGUAUACUAGCUUGUGGUACCUUGUGUUGUUAAUCACCCACUGGUAUCCUGCAAGUAUUCUAAUUUGUGGUACCUUGUGUCUAUAUCAUUCUGUGGUACACCAAUUGUAUACUAGAUUAUGGUACGUUGUGUUCAUAUGAUCUUGUGGUACCAUUUACCAAUACAAGCCUGGUGUAUCUUGUGUCCACAGUACCCUGCGCUUAUGACACCACCCAAUGGCACUAUAUAUUUACCAGCCUGUGAUACUUAUUUUACACAUGAAUGAACUUCAGUCACAGAUUCAACAGUGGAACUGUUGUUAUUUAUUUUUCAAUUUUUUUUUUAUUGUCAAGCAGUGAACUCUACAACCACCUAAAAAAAAAAAAGGUGUCAGCUUUCUUGUCUCAUAGAACUGGAGAAUGUUUUUAAAAUAAAUAUUUUUUUCUUUCAAAAAAAUUUAAAAAAUAUAUAACAAAAAAAAAAAGAAACAUCACAAAACAAAACAAAAAU